CAUGGGGAUAGAGUGGGAACGCCCUCCGUCGCGGAGCAAAUUGUCCUCGAGUCUGGCUACAUGUCCAUGUCAGGUCGAGGGGUUGGAGUUGCUUUGGGUGUCAUAAUCCUCUUUCUUUGGGAGAGGCCUGGCUGUGCACUCUUUCGUGAUUUGGACAAGUCUGAUAAUGAAACGUCUUCAGGGCAAGCACCUAUUGAAGAGAAAGAGACAGAACUCACAUUUGUCCACAUUGGUGCCAAGGAAUUCACUCUACCAUGCAAGCCUGAGAAAACAGAUGUUGUGAUUGGUAUGAAUCCUACCUACAACUGGAACCUGGAAAAUGGAGAAAACCUAACUCUCCAUUCUGGUGCCUCCCUGAUUUUGCAUGAAUUUCGUGCUGAGGAGAGUGGGCGCUAUACCUGUUCCAUCUCUUUCACAGAGGAAGACCAGCUCCAUACUAUAAGUUUCUCUCAUACGGUGGUGGGGUAUCACAUACGUGGAGAAUUACAGGUCCUCCUGAUUUUUCAGAGCAACUCAUGUGAUAAGUCACUAACACGUGAGUUUGUGAGGAGUCUACACAGACAGCUGAGUCAAUUGGUGUCCCACCUACAUUGUGAGCUCCUUUCUGGGAGCACCACUUGCUUUCCUACUGUGGAGCAGCCUUUGGAUGAGUUCAACCUCCAAGUAGAGCUAAAAGUAACUCCAUUUGGAAAGGACUGGGAUAAAUCCUGCUACCCUCAGACUGAUUCAAUGCCAUUAGAAUGUUACCACUCAGCAGUCCAGAAAAAUCUACAGGAGGCCAAGGAAGCCAUGACUGAAUUUAUGGAUAAGAAUAAAAACUUUUCUCUGGAAACAUCAAAUGGUUCGCAUGUUUCUUUUGUCAACACCUUUUUCAAUUUCUUAGAAGAUGGAAAGUGCCAAGAAGGUUAUGGACAGACACAGGAGCUACAGUCAUACUGUCCCGACUGCUGUACUUUCUGCCCCCCUGGAACAUACAGUGUGGCUACCACUGACAGCUGUGUUUUCUGUCCAAUUGGGAGCUAUAGCUUGCACUAUGGGACAGUCUUUUGUAUUUCAUGUGACAACAAUUGGCUUACCUCUCACCCUGGUGCCAGAACGUCAGCAGACUGCAUGAAUAUGAGAGUUCCUCCUUCACAUCGAUUUUCUGUAAUGAUGAUAGCCUUUGUUGUGCCUCCACUUGGUUGCCUCUGUCUCAUUGUGAUCGGUUGCUAUUGUUUUCGCCAUCACUGGCAGAAAUGCCGUUCCGCCAUUAAAGUUGAUGGUCAGACCAAAGUACAAGAAGAAGCUCCUGCUUCUGCUACAGUUGAUGAAGAGACCAAAGUACAAGAAGAAGCUUCAGCUUCUGCUAAUGACACUGCCCUUGUAGCCACUGAAGAAGGUCAUUCUCUCCCCAUCACUUUUUCUACUUCUGAACAUCCCAAGAAGGAAGGGGACAUGUCUCUACCUCCUUCCAUGCAAGAACCACGGGCUCUUCCUGGGCUGGCAAAUCCUAGUGCCAGAGGCCUUUUGUCAUCAUAGCU